CUCUAGGCUGCUCCGCAGUGGAGUCGCUGCCUCGGGACGGACUAACACUCGGGACGGCACCUAUCGGCAGCGCCCCAAGAAACGGGGUGGGACUCGAGGGUCUUCUGGCCGCUGCGACUCGGGUUGCCGGGGAGCCGUGACAGGUGCUGAGAAGAGCUGCCCCCGUCCUGCUGGUCGCAGAAUGGCCGGAGAUGACUAUGAGGAAAUUCUCAAGUACUAUGAGUUACACGGAACUGUCGGCACAGGUGGGUUUGCAAAAGUAAAACUUGCACGACAUCGUCUCACUGGUGAAAAAGUUGCAAUAAAAAUCAUGGACAAGCUUGCUUUACAGGAUGACUUGCCUCGUGUUAAAUUAGAAAUCGAUGCCAUGAAGGACUUGAAUCACCAGCACAUUUGCCGGUUGUAUCAUGUGAUUGAGACACCCAAGAAAAUAUUCAUGGUUUUAGAGUACUGUCCUGGAGGAGAGCUCUUUGAUUACAUAAUUUCUAAGGACCACCUUUCUGAGGAGGAAGCUCGCAUAUUUUUUCGUCAGAUUGUUUCAGCAAUUGCUUAUGUGCACAGUCAGGGAUAUGCCCACAGAGAUCUCAAACCAGAAAAUUUGCUGAUUGAUGAGGAACAUAACCUGAAGCUGAUAGACUUUGGACUUUGUGCAAAGCCAAAGGGUGGCCUUGAUUACCAUCUGAACACCUGCUGUGGAAGCCCAGCUUAUGCGGCACCAGAGCUGAUUCAGGGCAAAGCAUACAUUGGCUCAGAGGCAGAUAUUUGGAGUAUGGGAGUACUGCUGUAUGCUCUGCUGUGUGGCUUUCUCCCUUUUGAUGAUGAUAAUGUCAUGGCUGUCUACAGGAAGAUCAUGAGAGGAAAAUACAGUAUUCCAAAGUGGCUCUCUCCUAGCAGUACAAUGCUUCUUGACCAAAUGCUGCAGGUUGACCCAAAGAAGCGGAUUACAGUCCAACACCUGUUAAGUCACCCUUGGCUCAUGCAAGGUUUUUCUGAUGCUGUUCAGUGGCAAAGUAAAUACCCACUGGGACACCUUGAUGAGGACUGUGUAACAGAGCUUUCUGUGUUUCAUGAGCAGAGCAGGGAGACUAUAUUGCAGUUAAUAAACGAGUGGAAAUAUGACCACAUGUCAGCAACCUACCUCUUGCUUCUAUCCAAGAAGGCUCGUGGCAAACGUGUUCGUUUAAGAUUUCCAUGUCUAACAGAGCGUGCCAGUACUGUGAUGUCAACAGUCCUUGAGCAUUCAAGGCCUGAUGCCCAACUGGAGGAUACAGAAUUCCCACUGUCAACUCCAGUGACAAGAAAAAUGGCAUCAAAGUGUAAAAACAAAGAGAAUGUUGAGACAUUGUCAGCUUUAAGAAAUGAAAUGCCCUUUGUGCUUCCUGCUCCCAAGACUCCUCUUCCAAAGAGUCAGAUUGAGACACAGGUACAAGCUGUUCCCCUUAAGGCACCUGCUCUCAAAGAGAGUCAUUUCACUGCAGUCACCCCAAUUAAGAAAACUGCUAACCAAACAAAUGCAGAUGAAUUGGCAGCAGCUGAGAUUCUUCCUGAAAGAAGGUGUCAGUCAGUGGAAUUAGAUCUCAACCUUGCACAUGUGGAUAGCAGCCAAAAGAAGAGAAAAGCUAAAAUAUUUGGAAGUCUUGAAAGAGGCCUAGAUAAAGUGAUCACAAUGCUUACACCAAGCAAGAAGAAACGAUGCACUAGAGAUUGUCCAAGGAAACUUAAGGCACACUGUAACAUUACCACCACUCAUCUGCUGAAUCCAGAAGAACUGUUGAAUGAAAUAAUCAUUGUUCUUUCAAAGAAGCAUGUGGAAUAUGUUCAGAAGGGUUAUACCCUGAAAUGUCAAACACGGUCAGAUUUUGGUAAAGUUACUAUGGAGUUUGAGUUAGAAGUAUGUCAGCUCACUAAGCCUGAAGCAGUGGGUAUCCGGCGACAACGGCUUAAAGGUGAUGCCUGGGUCUACAAGAGGCUGAUAGAAGACAUCUUAUCUAGCUGCCAAGUGUGAGUGGCAGAGUCUUUAAUCAUGAUGUUUUAGAAAGGUCUUUUCAGACAAGUAAUUCUUUCUCACAGCUAUAUGUGAAAAAUCUGUCUUGGGUUUUUAACCAUCCCUCCUUGUACAUAUUCCUUCUGUAUGCUUCCUUUACUCUUAAGUUUUUAAUAAAUAUUCUGCAACUGCAACUUUUCAGAAGCAAAAUUCUGUA